AUGGCCGAGAGGAGCCGAAUUACUCGAAAUUCGGCACAAGGUUUUGGCGCGUGUUUCGAGCGCGAUGCCGGGGAGAGCCGUAGGUGCUUGCUCACCUGUGGCUUCCGUCUUUUCAGCGACCCCGCCUGUCGCGACACCCAGAUGAACGUUGUACUGGGGCUUGGAAAGCUGAGCCUCUCCACUGGCUGUGUGCAGCUGGAGAGCAAAAGGAAGGACUUCACCUCCUCUGGCAGUAGGAAGCUCUACUUUGACACCCACGCGUUAGUGUGCUCACUUGAAGGAAAUGGGUUUACUACACAGCAAGCAGAAAUCAUUGUGUCUGCACUGGUCAAGAUCAUGGAUGCCAACAUGGAUGUUGUCUACAAAGAUAUGGUCACCAAGAUGCAGCAGGAGAUCACUCUUCAGCAAAUAAUGUCUCAAAUUUCUAAUGUGAAAAAGGAUAUGAUUAUUUUGGAGAAGAGUGAGUUUUCCAUGCUCAGAGAAGAAAAUGAGAAAAUGAAACUUGAGCUACAUCAAUUAAAACAACAAGUAAUGGAUGAAGUACUCAAAGUCCGAACAGAUACCAAGUUAGACUUCAAUCUAGAAAAGAGCAGAGUAAAAGAAUUGUAUUCAUUGAAUGAAAGGAAGCUUCUGGAAAUGAGGACAGAAAUGGUGGCAUUGCAUGCCCAGCAAGACCGGGCCGUCACCCAGACAGACAGGAAGAUAGACACGGAGGUUGCUGGCCUUAAAACCAUGCUUGAGUCGCACAAACUUGACAAUAUUAAAUAUUUAGCAGGGUCUGUAUUUACGUGCCUAACAGUAGCUCUGGGAUUUUAUCGCUUGUGGAUAUAAUAAAGUAUUUAAAGAGAUCUCUACUGGUUGCCUUAAGAAUGCCAGAUUAUUGUCCUUUUUUUCUUAUCUUAAAUUUUAACCCUGAUUUUUAUUUAAUGCAGAUUAUUUUAUAUAAAUAUGGACAGACAACCAAGAUGAAGAAGUCAGAGAUUUCCAAUUGCUCCUCUUUUCUAUUUCAUUGACUUUAUAACUGAGUGGCUGUGGACAAAGAUGAAAGACGCCACUCAGCUGGGCCAGUGAACUUGGUCCAACCUGUGGGAUAUACCAAAAAUAAAUAUAUAAUUCUCUACAAUUUUAAAUCCUUUGUCAUGUAAUGAUAUGAAGUCUCCACUGAAAUGCAGAGUGCUGAAGAAUCACUGAAACCUAAGGGCAAUAAACCAUCUCUUCCUAAAAGCCUCACCCCUGCCAUCAGCCCUGCCCAGAUUGCUGUGUUCCUGCUCAAGCUGGUUGGUAUGUUAGUGAUACAGUUGUAUUUUAACCCCAAAGCAAAUACUUUUCUUCUAAUUUCCAUUGUCUUAAUACAUUAUUGUUACGGUUAAUGUUUAUGUGUCUUCUAGCUAGAAACUGUUGUUGCUUAAUGAAGUGUAAUUGUCAUAGGAAAUCUCUUUUACUUCUUCAAAUCCUGGAUUUCUCUCCCUCUCCCUCACUGACAACUGUAAUAAUCUUGUGUGGCAUUACCUUUCCAAAUACCUGCUAAUUCUUGGAAGUCUGUUCCAUUUGGUAGAAUAGGUUCUAAUUCAGACCCACUUUUUUAUAAAAGGCAGGCACUCAGUUUUCCUCUGUAAUGAUAUCUGGAUAUCUAAACAUGUACACACUUUUUUAGAAGUAAACUUAAAUCUUUAAUAAAUUAUUGCCCAUUCCAGGCUCAGCUCAUAGAUGUUCUCAUGUCAAACAGUGUCAUCCCAGGCUAGGCUGAUUUCUCAUGCCUGCCUACCUCUAGAUCCAAACAGAUCCGUUCCUAAAUUCAGCUGGAGUUACUGUGGAGAAGCACAUUCUCACCUUAUUUAAAUGACUGCCACAUAGAGGAGACUACAUGUUUUAGGAAGGCCACGAUAUCACCUUCUCUCUUCCGCCCUGUACAGGUGUGCACCUGAGCUGGUACAGUGCAGGAGCUGCAUGACCAGAGGGUAAAGUGUCAUUGUUCUAACCAUAUUAGUAAA